AUGGAUGCCCUUUGGCCAUGGAUCCAGGCCUGCUUGGCCAUUGUUAUAUUGAUAGUGAUCUUGUUGCUCCUGUUGAGGAACAGGAGCACCAAAGAGACUGCAAGCCUAAACCUCCCUCCAGGCCCUCGCAGGCUUCCGAUCAUCGGAAACAUGCACCAGUUAGGGUCGUUACCCCAUCGAUCCUUAGCAAGUUUGUCGCGGAAACAUGGCCCACUCAUGCUCUUACAGUUAGGCCAUGUUCCCUCCCUAGUGAUUUCCUCUGCUAAAAUGGCGAAGGAGGUGUUGAAAACCCAAGACUUGGCGUUUGCGAGUCGGCCGGCCCUUGUGGCCGCUAAUCGCCUAUCCUAUGGAAGGACCGAUGUGGUUUUUGCGCCAUAUGGUGAUUACUGGACAGAAGCAAGAAAGAUCUGCGUGCUACAUUUACUCAGCAUAAAGAAGGUGCAGUCGUUUAAGCCGAUAAGGGAAGAAGAGGUGGCUAGCAUGGUUAGAGCCAUCUCCUGCUCUUGUGGUGGUGGCCCUGUGGAUCUGAGUGAGUUAUUCUAUACCCUCACUAACAGCAUAAUAUGCAGGGUUACAGUAGGCAAGAGUUACAGCUCUGAAGGAGGACAGCAAAGAAACUACAAUUUUCGCAAGAUUGUAGGCGAAUUUACAGCGUUGUUGGGAGUCUUCUGUGCCGGUGACUUCUUUCCCUCAAUGGGGUGGGUGGACAUCGUCACCGGGAUCAGAGCCCGGCUGAACAAAAACUUCAAAGACCUUAAUGGCUUCCUCAAUGAAGUGAUCAGAGAGCACCUAGGCAAGUCGGUUCCCGAGCCGACAGCCGAGCAGCAAUCCGAUUUUGUGGACAUUUUGUUGCAGCUCAAAAAAGAUCCUGGCCAUGGCGUCCCUCUGAGCAUGGAAAACAUCAAAGCUCUUAUCCUGGAUAUGCUUACCGCAGGAACAGAUACAACUGCAACCGCUCUAGAAUGGCUGAUGUCUGAGCUCAUCAGGAACCCGGUUGCGAUGAGGAGAGUGCAAGAAGAACUGGAACGAGUGGUGGGAGGAAAAGGGAAGGCAUUUGUUGAAGAAGAGGAUCUUCAUGAUUUAGAAAACCUUCAGUCUGCAAUCAAGGAGGCCCUUCGGCUUCAUCCUCCAAUCCCCCUUUUGGUACCACGCGAACUACAGGAGAAUACUAGGAUCGAUGGAUUCGAUAUCCCUGCUAAGACUAGAGUCUACAUAAAUGCUUGGGCCAUUGGUAGGGACAAUGAUUCAUGGGACAGAGCUGAUGAGUUCUUCCCUGAGAGGUUUGUGAAGAAUGACAUUGAUUUCAAAGAGCAUGAUUUCGAGUUCAUACCAUUCGGGGCCGGACAAAGGGAAUGCCCCGGAUAUUCUUUUGCCAUGCAUACUAUGGAACUUGUGGUAGCGAAUCUCCUGCACUGGUUCGACUGGAAGCUUCCCUCUGGGUGCCAAGGUCUGGACAUGGCUGAAUCCUCUGGGAUUACUAUUCAUAGAAAAUCUCCUCUAAUGCUUGUCGCCACUCCACGAUAUGAACGUGAGGAAACAUGGCUAGAAAAUCUUGUGAAAUCUUAA